AUGGUAGACAAAAAUGAUGAUCUUGCCAAACUUAGUCUUUUAACAGAAGAUAUUUUACUUGAACAUUUAAAAGAACGUUAUGAAAAAGAUUUAAUUUAUACAUAUCUUGGAGAUAUUCUUGUUGCUGUCAAUCCAUUUCACGAAACAAGUCUUUAUACUUCACAAAUUCGUGAUUUUUAUCGAUAUUCAACUGAUAUUCAUAAACCACCUCAUGUUUAUGCACUUGUCGAUCUUGUUUAUAGAAAUGUUUGUCAUGGUAUAUACGAGCAACAAUGUUGUGUCAUUAGUGGUGAAUCAGGUUCAGGAAAAACAGAAAGUACAAAAUUCUUUUUAAAACAAUUAAUGUAUUUAUGUGGUGGUAGUUCUCAAUUAGAACAACAAAUUUUACAAGCAACACCAUUACUCGAAAGUUUUGGUAAUGCACAAACUGUGAUGAAUAAUAAUUCAAGUCGAUUUGGAAAAUAUCUUGCUUUGAAAUUUAUUAAUGGCAAAGUUAUUGGUGCUCAAAUAAGUGAUUAUUUAUUAGAAAAAUCACGUGUAGUAAUACAAAGUCCAGGCGAAAGAAAUUUUCAUAUAUUUUAUUAUUUAUUUGAUUAUCUCCCAUCUGAAAUAAAGCAAAUUUUAUGCCUUCGAACGAAAUAUGAUUAUAAAUAUCUUUUAACUAACCCAUCAUUAGAUGUUCAAAAUAAUGAUACUGUGAAUUCAUUAGAUGAAGUGAUCAAUGCAAUGGGUUUGCUUAAUUUUACUGAUAAAGAGCAACAUUCCAUGUUUCGUAUAUUAUCUGGUAUUUUAACCAUUGGUAACCUUGAAUUUUCUAUUGAUGAUGAAGGUUUUACGCGACAAAGUUUCAAUGAAGAAAAAACUAAAAAUAAUCUUUCAAUUAUUGCUAAUAUGUUCGGUGUUAAUUCUGAUUUAAUUAUGGAAUGUUUAACAACAAUGACAACAUUGACUCGUAAUGAAAGAGUUAUUAGAAAAUUUAGUUUACAAUCAAGUCAAGACGCUCGUGAUGCUUUAUCAAAACAUUUAUAUGCGCGUUUAUUUUCUUGGAUUAUUGGAAAAAUAAAUGAAACAUUAAAUAAUCCUUAUCCCAUUCAACAACAUCAUCAUAUUGUUGAAAUUGGUAUAUUGGAUAUUUAUGGUUUUGAACAUUUUGAAUUAAAUAGUUUUGAACAAUUGUGUAUCAAUUUAGCCAAUGAACAAAUACAAUAUUUCUUUAAUCAAGAACUUUUUAUGGCUAAACCAGUGGGAAUUCUUUCAUUAUUAGAUGAUGAAAGUCGACUUCCAAAAGCAACUGAUCAAACAUUUGUAGAAAAAUUAAAUUAUCAUUUUGGUUCAAAUAAACAUGAAUGUUAUUCAAUAAAUCGUAAUAAUAAAUAUUCUUUUACAAUUCAUCAUUAUGCCGGCAAAGUUUCUUAUUGUGCAUUGGGUUUUUUGGAAAAAAAUCGUGAUACACUAUCUGAUAGUGUUGUUGAUAUGUUUAAACAUAGUCGAGAUGAUCUUAUACGUUUACUUUUUCAUGGAAAUCCAUCUGAUGGAACUACCAAUUCAAAUAAAGGACUUCAACAUCGAACAGCAGCUGAAAAGGAUGCUCGAAAUCGAUUAACAGUUGGUGCUCAAUAUCGAAACUCUUUACAAAUUUUAAUGGAUCGUAUGUGUGCAUCACAUCCAGUAUUUAUGCGUUGCCUUAAACCUAAUCAACAAAAACAAGCUCAUUUAUUUGAUGAUGCAUUUGUUCGUGCACAACUUCGUUAUUGUGGUAUGUUAGAAACAACUCGAAUUCGUAAAGAAGGAUAUUCUGUACGAUUAUCUUUUGAUGAAUUCGUACAAAAAUAUGGUCUUUUAUCAAAAAACCAUUCAUCUGAUUUAUCAUCAAUAAAAUGUCGUCAUAUUCUUGAAGAAACAAAUUUAACUAAUUGGCAAUUGGGAAAAACAAAAGUUUUUUUAAAAUAUUAUCAUCCUGAACAUUUGGAAAAAUUAAUGAACAAAUAUCGACAAGCAGCAUUAUUGAUUCAACGAAGAUUUCGUGGUCAUAUAGCCAGAAAACAAUUUAAAAAACUGAAAACAAUUUUUAUUACAUCCAAAAAUGAAGUUAAUCAAUUUUGUACUCAUAUUGAAAAUCUUAAUAGCCAGCUUGUUCGAACACUUACUCAACUUAAUGAUAAACUUCCAGGUAAAACAGUACCUGCUAUUAAUCCAGAAGAUGGUCUUCGACCUCGUCCACCAGCACGUGAAAGUUCAUUGAAUUCAUCGUCACAUGUUAGUAAUACGGGAACACCUGGUAAAUAUUCUUUACCAACAACAAAAGUUUCAUCAUCAACAACAACAAAUUCAACAAAUACAUUAACAUCAAAUCAAUUAAUGGUUGAUUAUGACUCUUUACUUUCUUAUUUAACACUUAAAUAUGGUUCACCUGGUGAACGAGAAUCUUGUUUAAGAUGGUUUCGUGAUACACAAUAUCCAUAUGUGUGUCAGAAAGGAACAUUUCCAAGUUGGUUUCAUGGAAAUAUUACUCGACAUCGAGCAGAAGAGUUAUUAGCAAAACAAUCAAUUGGUUGUUUUUUAGUACGUCUUAGUGAAAGUCGUUUUGGUUUUUCAUUAUCAUUUCGAGCUGAAGAUCGAUGUCGUCAUUAUAUGAUUAAUCAAUUAAAAAAUUUGAAAUAUAAUGUUAUUGGUGAAGCAAAAGUUCAUAAAUCACUUGAUGAACUUAUUGAAUAUUAUCGAACACAUGAAUUAUCAAAUUGGAAUGGCCGUUUGACUGAACCAUGUAAAGCUGACUGGUCACAAUAUGAUCAUGAAUCAUUAACGCCUAUUCAAAAUAGUGUUAAAAAUCAAGCGUAUCAUCAUAUCAAAAAUAUUUCAACUCGACCUCAUACAACAUCAACAUUACCAAUAUCAUAUUAUGCAAACCCACCAUUUCCAUAUUCAUCUAAAUUAUAUACAACACGUCCAAUGAUGAUGAAUAACUCAUUGAAUAAUACAACGAAAUUACCUAUUGCUAUUGUUCCACCGUUUACAAAAUGA